GUAGACGUCAAACUUGAUUUGUUUCAUGCUUGUCAGAGAAUAACAAAGACCUUCACGAAAGGCAAUGCCUUGCACAACGACAUCACCAGAGACUUUAUACAGAUUUUUAGAGAUAACAAUGACCUCGGUGAAACGCGAACUAAACAUACCCCAAGUGAAGAACAAAUCGAAAAAAAUCUUAAUUCCUUUCAUGAUAGAUGGAUUAAUGUUCCAAGCAGCCCUUUAACAAGCGCAACACAAACAGAAUUGGAGAACCUGCGUCAGCACAUUAGGAAAGGGUGCCUAUCGUGCAUACCUCCAGGCUGUGGAACUGAACGCAACGAACAACUCCAUCGGCUUCUUAACAGAUCAAUGAUCACUGGAGCCAGUAUAAUAUCAGUCGAACUAGCAAUAGCUCUAUUGACUGUAAUCUUUUACCAGCACAAUAAAAAAAUUUCCGCGUUAAAACAUGAAUGCAACUCAAAAGUGAAGCCCGUUGCGCCCGUUGAGACAUGCAUCAAUGACGAUAAUUUACACCGUGCAUCAUUCUGUACAGUAAAAAAUGUUGCUGAUAAUACAACACCAUCUCAGUAUACCGAGUCUGAUCAGCCCACCCACGAAAGUCCAAUGGUGGUUAUUGCAGACAAUGUAGAAGAUCUUUUUCAGGAGUCUAUUGCUGCGAGCAUUUUAACUGUUAUGUGUAACCUACAGCAAUUGAUCGAUAACAUUGGCAGCAAGAAUUGUGACAGGUCUUUUAACGCCCUUGAUAUUAUACAUUUGAUUAACAUGUCAGACAUUUUAACCGUGGAGGAAAACAGUGAAAUAGAUGACCCAACGAUAAAUUCCCAAACCGAAACACUUAACAGACACUUGGGAGGGUUCAACCUUGAAAUAGAUGCGAUUCAGCCUGAUGGCGACUGCGCCUUUAGAAGUGUUGUGAGACAAGCCACUAAAAGGGCAUGUAAUGAACCACAAAUAUCAGCACAUCUGCGUUCUUUGGGGCUUCUAAUUGACGAUGACAGAGACACGUUCACUUUAAGGCAACUGUUUGUGGAUGAACUUCUAAAAUAUUCAGGCGCUGCUACGUCCUUUUUAGAAGGCUCUGCAGAGGAGAAAUCAAGAAGAGCAGAGGGGUUUCGCGUGCGUGGAGUUUUCGAUAGGGACAUUGGUGAUUUGGUGAUAAAAGUCUGUUCUUCUAUAAUCAAGGUGCCAGUGAUUGUGAUAACGUCUAGCAGGUCCGUUCCCGUUGUUCCUUUCACGCCUGAUGAACCUUUGACCAACCAACCCAUUUAUAUAGCGUACCACUAUUACGGUGCUGGCCAUUAUGAUGCCACUAAC